CCCUCCAGGCCCAUGGCGGCGGCCGCGGCGCUCCCGGGCGCGGGCGGCCCUCCCGCAGGCGGUGGGGCGGGCAGCGGCGGGUCCCCGCCCGGCGGCUGGGCCGUGGCGCGCCUCGAGGGCCGCGAGUUCGAGUACCUGAUGAAGAAGCGCUCGGUGACCAUCGGGCGCAACUCGUCGCAGGGCUCGGUGGACGUGAGCAUGGGCCACUCGAGCUUCAUCUCCCGCCGCCACUUGGAGAUCUUCACGCCCCCGGGCGGCGGCGGCCAUGGCGGGGCCGCCCCCGAGCCGCCCGCGCAGCCGGGCCCCGACGCCGGCGGCGACUUCUACCUGCGCUGCCUCGGCAAGAACGGGGUGUUCGUGGACGGCGUGUUCCAGAGGCGCGGGGCGCCGCCGCUGCAGCUGCCGCGCGUGUGCACCUUCAGGUUCCCCAGCACAAACAUCAAGAUCACAUUCACUGCCUUGUCCAACGAGAAGCGGGAGAAGCAGGAGGCGCCUGAGUCCCCAGUGAAGCCCGUGCAGGCCCAUAUCUCGCCCCUGACCAUCAACAUUCCAGACACCAUGGCCCACCUCAUCAGCCCCCUUCCCUCCCCUACGGGGACCAUCAGUGCUGCAAACUCCUGCCCAUCCAGUCCCCGGGGAGCGGGGUCUUCAGGGUACAAAAUGGGCCGUGUGAUACCGUCUGACCUCAAUUUAAUGACCGACAACUCACAGCCAGAAAAUGAAAAGGAGGCAUCAGGUGGAGAUAGUCCCAAGGAUGAUUCAAAGCCACCUUAUUCCUACGCACAAUUAAUUGUACAAGCAAUUACGAUGGCUCCUGACAAACAGCUCACUCUCAAUGGAAUUUACACUCACAUCACUAAAAAUUACCCAUACUACAGGACCGCGGACAAGGGCUGGCAGAAUUCAAUUCGCCACAAUCUCUCUCUGAAUCGUUAUUUCAUCAAAGUACCACGUUCCCAGGAAGAACCAGGCAAAGGCUCAUUCUGGAGGAUAGACCCCGCCUCUGAAAGCAAACUGAUAGAGCAGGCUUUUAGGAAGAGACGGCCUAGGGGCGUGCCUUGCUUUAGAACCCCUCUGGGACCGCUCUCCUCUAGAAGCGCGCCGGCCUCUCCCAACCACGCUGGAGUGCUGUCGGCUCACUCCAGUGGCGCCCAGACCCCUGAGAGCCUGUCGAGAGAAGGUUCACCAGCCCCCCUGGAGCCUGAGCCUGGUGCCCCACAGCCCAAACUCGCUGUCAUCCAGGAGGCGCGCUUUGCGCAGAGCGCCCCAGGUUCACCUCUGUCCAGCCAGCCCGUUCUCAUUGCGGUGCAGCGGCAGCUGCCUCCAACCAUCAAGCCUGUCGCCUACACUGUUGCUGCCCCCGUCACCACCUCCCAGCAGCCUGUGGUGCAGACGGUGCAUGUCGUCCACCAGAUCCCCACCGUGUCUGUCACCAGCGUGGCCGCACUGGCUCCUGCCAGCACGUACACGGUCGCCGGGCAGGCUGUGGUCACCCAGGCGACCGUGCUAGCCCCUCCGAAGGCAGAGCCACAAGAGAACGGGGACCACAGGGAGGUGAAAGUGAAAGUGGAACCCAUUCCCGCCAUCAGCCACGCCACACUGGGCGCUGCAAGCCGCAUCAUUCAGACGUCCCAGACUGCCCCUGUGCAGACAGUCACCAUCGUCCAGCAGGCACCGCUGGGGCAGCACCAGCUUCCCAUAAAAACUGUCACACAGAACGGGACGCACGUGGUGCCGGUCCCCACCGCCCUCCACGGCCAGGUGAACAGCGCAGCAGCAAGUCCUCUGCACAUGCUGGCGACGCAUGCCUCGGCCUCGGCCUCCCUCCCCACCAAGCGCCAGAACGGCGACCAGCUGGAGCAGCCGGAGCUGAAGCGGGUCAAGACCGAAGAGGGCGAGAGCAUCGUCAUCGCCCUGAGCGCGGACACGCCGGCGGCCGUGCGGGAGAAGAGUGGCCAGAACUAGCGGCCCAGGAAACCGCGACUCUGGUGCCAAAAGGAGACCGCGCCCGUCCUCGGUGGGUAGAGGGCCCUGUGGUUGGACUUCACCUCAGCACUGAACACGGAAAACCCAGGUGGCCUUAAAACUCCUUAAUUCGGACUGAAGUCACACCCGAACAAAGCCGCUUCCGGAGACCGUGUCCCCGCCCGACACAGCCUCUUCCUCCCGGCAGGGACUCUGCUCCCUCGAGCAAGGCCGCACUCAGUGCCCACCCACCUGCCGGACUGGCUCCUGCGAGGGGCCUGCAGGGGCCACACCCACUGCCCUCCGAGGGCCCACAGGCCGGCACUGGGAGACAAGACAGUAUUUUGUUGUUCACACGUGGAAUUAGAAUAUUUUGAGGUGUACUUUCUUACUUUACAAAAUAAUGGGGUCUUUGACAUUUCACAUCACUCCAUUUCUACUCUGGAAAUUUGGAAUCACACAGGACCUUUCGUGUGGAUUUCAUUUGGGGAAAAGAAACACCAUUUUGUUUUCAUUUGUUUUCAGCUGAUGGAAUGAUUUGCUUUUGUCUGUCCCGUCUAAGUUCAGAUGGAGCUUCUUGGCGACCUCUGCAAGUUGUCCCCGUUAGCGCCAUUGCCUGAUGAAUUGACCCCACCUCCAUUUCAUGUAGGACGCACGGUGGACAGACACUGCGGGCUGCAUGUGGCCAUGGCGGAGAGAGCUGCCCGCUGCACUUAACUGUUUCUCUUGCUAUUUUCUGUUGUUUGUUUCUUUGUGUUGACUUUGUCCCUGGCCUAACUUCCACUCUAAGUAAAACGAGUCUCCUAAGAAUUGUGUAUGUUUAAAACAACGAACUCUUACUGCUUCAUUUGGAAAGGAAAAAGACCCGCCCUUGUCUCUUCCCCCGUUUCUAACCUGUCACAGAGCUCUCCGUUCGGCACACCUGCUGCUUUGGGUGCCACCCUCUGGCUUCGGGCCUCGUCCACCAGCUGUCUGCCCAGCACUGGCACGCUGUCCCCCGCCGUGGGGCGCGUAGCUGUGCUAGGAAUGACCCGUCGUUUCCUGGGAAAGGGGUAGGCAAGUCCCCUCAGCCUCUCCGAGCUGACUGCAGCCAGGCCGAUGUCUCUCCUACGGGCAGGAACCAGGUGAGAAGCAUCCGAGCCCGCCUGGGGCCGCAGGCGCCUGAGGACCAGGUGUGGCCCUUCCUGGCAUGUUCAGGGCUCAGGCUGAGCGGCCAUGCGAGAACGGGGGCUUCGGCCCCAUCGUGAAUUUUUAAAUGUCAUCUUCAUAACAUUAUUUAUUUAAAUGUAGUUAUUUUGGUAUUUAAUUUUUUUUUUUUAAUAGAAGAGAAACCCUGUAUUUUCCUGGUGGAAUGAAACAGCUCAGAAUGGUAUAUUUAGGCGAUCUCAAAACAUUUAUUAUUUACCUAAAGACCAAAUAUGAUAAAUCUGUUCUAAGUAUUGUGUGUCGAUCCACAGUAUGGAGCUGUCACAUGUUAUUGCAGAUAAUGCAUAUUAAAAAUUAUGAAAUUACCGCACACUAGCUGGAUUUAUACUCAGCCACUUAAAUAAAAUGGAACCAUGUGAAUGAGACCACGUGUGUGACAGGAGCAAAACUAACUUGCACACGGAGGCAGGCGGGUCAGCACCUCAGGGAGCGCAUCCUCACUGCCAGGCACUUUACAGACACCUCAGAAUGUAGUUUUAUCUUUUUACUCAAGAGGUUUGCAAGUUUGUCAAAAGAAAAAAAUCGACUGGCACUAGACAGGGUGGGAAGAGGUGGAGGCUGGGCUCCUCCAGUCCUGAUAGUUCACUGCCAAUAGCCUGAGGUGGGUGAACAGACUAGGCAGCCUGCUGGACAAAGGGCUCGGUUGACAAACAGAUGCUCCGUGCACCCUCUGGAGCUGUGUCUACACUGCAGGGUGCCUGUCACCAGUGAGCAACAAAGACUCAGGGAGAUUCUCUUGCUCCCUGUGUAAACACAGCCUAUCACUUAUUUCUGAGCCUACAACCAACAUUAUGGGUCUGGAGGAACUCGGCUGUGAUUAUAGAAAGUGUGCUUACUUAGUUCUCGAGUUUUAAAACAGAAUGGGUUUUCACUCUAAGGCAGCUGGAGCGGGCCCUUCUCUUUCUCUUCAGUGCAGUAUUCAUUCGGCUUAUUCGUUGUUGCAGUUGUGUUAGACUACCAGGGGGAAGGCAGGAGAAACACCCAUGAACUAGCCGACUGCUAGAACCCAGGCUCACUUGAAGAACUUCCGGAAUCAGCUCCCUGUCCCAGGAGCUAAGAGCCUUCCACACUCUCAGGGUCACUGCUCCAUCCCGCUUGCUGGCUUCAAUGCCGGGUGCUACAGCAACACCACCGGUCGCACCAACUCCCUCCCAGCUGCCCCCAGGCGGAUCCGAACUACUGCCAGCCUCAGCUUCCACCUCUGCCCUCUGCGCUCCCCGAGGGCUAGAUACUUCAUUUCAGCAGCUCUGCCCUGAGCCACUCGAGAGCAGAGAUGGGACGUUCACAUUCCAAGGUGUCUGCGUAUUCGUCAGCUCGUCUCCUCUCGCUUUGCUAGAGCCCCACCCCUGCUUCCUCUGCAGGGGUCGUGGUCAGAGGGCCUGGGCCACCGGGUCAGGACUUGGGAUUUCUGUGCUAGUGACCAGGAGAUAAGCGACAAUCUUCAAGUCCUGACCGCCACUAUUUUAGGAAGUAUAGUGAUUUGUGUGCAAAGAUUUGAAAUCUUAAAAAGUACCAAGUUCCUGAAAUUCAAUAAAAUAUUUUUAUUAAUUUUUA